CCACGGAGGAAACGACCCCGGUCCGUUUUCACUGGUGCGGCACGAUACGUGUCGUUCAUAAUAUCAGCGUCAUAUGUUCGUGUAGAAGAUCGUGUAAAGAUGCUACCAACUUGCUAAGGCACGCGCAGCUUUGGGUCACGUGACGUGACGUAAGCAGCAUGGCGGCGCUGAGCUGAGCUGAGAUAGCAACUCUCCGGGACUGACAGCGAUAGACUGGAUUUUGCUAGCUGCUCCUCGUCACCUGCUUUUUCCGCAGGGCCAGGCCGAAGAUGACGGCCUGAGACGGGAGCGGGAACGACACCGAGAGAUGAAGCAGCAACAACAGCACCCUCAACAACACCUGCCACCGCAGCAGCACCGCCACAGCUCACAGUCGAAGGCAGAAAACAGCAAAACCAAGAGCAUGUUUCUGUCCAGGGCGCUGGAGAAAAUCUUGUCGGAUAAGGAGGUGAAGCGGAGCCAGCACAGCCAGCUGCGGAAAGCCUGUCAGGUGGCGCUCGAUGAAAUCAAGGCAGAGCUUGAGAAACAGAAGGAUGGUACAGUGGUCCCACCCAGAGCCAACUACAUUGAAGCUGACCAGUAUGUCCUGCCCUUUGAGUUGGCCUGUCAGUCAAAGUCCCCCCGGAUAGUCAGCACCUCUUUGGACUGUUUGCAGAAGCUGAUCGCAUAUGGCCACAUCACAGGCAACGCCCCAGACAGCAGAACACCGGGAAAGAGGCUGAUUGACCGGCUGGUGGAAACCAUCUGCAACUGCUUUCAGGGCCCACAGACUGAUGAGGGAGUCCAGCUACAGAUUAUCAAGGCUCUACUGACGGCGGUGACCUCCCCGCACAUAGAGAUUCAUGAGGGCACCGUGCUCCUCACUGUCAGGACCUGCUACAACAUCUACCUGGCCAGCCGCAACCUCAUCAACCAGACCACCGCAAAGGCCACGCUCACACAGAUGCUCAAUGUUAUCUUCACACGGAUGGAAAACCAGGCCGCUCUAGAAGCUCAGGAGCAGGAGAAGGACCGCCUGCGACUUCCCCAGCAGAACCAGUCCCCAGUCCCUGGUGCUCGGAGGUCUGGUUCCCCCCGGUCUGAUCGGACACCCACCCCGGAGCCCCAGAGCUCCCCAUCCCCUGCUGCCAGUACUCCAGACCUCACAAACACCAACUCCAGCGCACCACCAUCAACCACUGACCAGGAACAAGCACCGGACACACCUACAGUCAAUGGAGACGGCACCGACCCAGAGAAUGGAGGAGGACAGGUCACUCCAUCAAGAGAUUCAGUUUUUGAAGAUGAAGGUGGAGAAUCACCCCUUACGUCAGCUCAGUCAGCUGAGGACGGAGAUAAACUGGACAACUGUCCAAAUUCAGCACAGCUAACAGAGACCGAAGGAGAGGAUAAAGAGGAACAGCCAGCACAGACACACAGUGAAGCAGGUGGUGAGCACCCAGAGCACCCAGUCUCUGAGCCGGCAGAGGUUUCUUCUACAGAGAUCAGAACAGAGACUCAGCAGAUGAACGGAAUCGUCGAGGACCGAUCUUCUGUUUCCUCCGCAGAUAUGCUGGACGCUGAAGCUCUGCAGGGACCUCACAACACCGCUCGUUUCUCCCACAUCCUGCAGAAAGACGCCUUUCUGGUGUUUCGCUCUCUGUGCAAACUCUCCAUGAAGCCCCUCGCCGAUGGACCUCCAGACCCAAAGUCCCAUGAGUUGCGGUCCAAGAUUGUCUCCCUGCAGCUGCUGCUGUCUGUGCUGCAGGGUGCCGGGCCGGUGUUUCGCACUCACGAGAUGUUUGUCAACGCUAUCAAACAGUAUUUGUGCGUAGCGUUGUCUAAAAACGGAGUCUCCUCUGUCCCUGAGGUCUUUGAGCUCUCGCUGGCUAUCUUCCUCACUUUGCUGUCCCAUUUCAAGGUCCACCUCAAGAUGCAGAUCGAGGUGUUUUUUCGGGAGAUAUUUCUGACCAUCCUGGAGACAUCAACCAGCUCCUUUGAGCACAAGUGGAUGGUUAUUCAGACACUAACACGCAUCUGUGCAGAUGCCCAGUGCGUUGUUGACAUUUACGUGAACUAUGAUUGUGACUUGAAUGCCGCCAACAUUUUUGAGCGCCUUGUCAACGAUCUGUCAAAGAUUGCUCAGGGCAGGAGUGGUCAGGAGCUCGGGAUGACUCCUCUGCAGGAGUUGAGCCUGCGUAAAAAGGGACUGGAGUGUCUGGUGUCCAUCCUUAAGUGUAUGGUGGAAUGGAGCAAAGACAUGUAUGUGAAUCCCAACCUUCAAGCUAACUUGGGCCAGGAGCAUCCAUCUGAUAGUGACGGAGCUGAGUUGAAGCUACCAGAGCAGCCGGCGGGGCGUAGGGACAGCAUCAGUUCACUGGACUCAACUGUCUCCUCCUCUGUCACGGCUUCCCAGGCGGAUCAUCCGGAGCAGUAUGAGGUCAUCAAACAGCAGAAGGACAUCAUCGAGCAUGGCAUCGAUCUCUUCAACAAGAAGCCAAAGCGAGGUGUCCAGUAUCUGCAGGAGCAGGGCAUGCUAGGUUCCACAGCUGAGGACAUCGCCCAGUUCCUACACCAGGAGGACAGACUGGACACCACCCAGGUGGGCGAGUUCCUAGGCGAAAACAUCAAGUUCAACAAAGAGGUGAUGUACUGCUAUGUAGACCAGCUGGACUUCUGCGGGAAGGACUUUGUCUCUGCGCUCAGAGUGUUCCUGGAGGGUUUCAGGCUGCCUGGCGAGGCCCAGAAGAUUGACCGGCUCAUGGAGAAGUUCGCUGCUCGAUACUUGGAGUGCAACCAGGGACAAACUCUGUUUGCAAGUGCAGACACUGCCUACGUGCUGGCUUACUCUAUCAUCAUGCUCACCACCGACCUGCACAGUCCUCAGGUGAAAAAUAAGAUGACAAAGGAGCAGUACAUCAAGAUGAACCGUGGUAUAAAUGAUAGUAAAGACCUACCUGAAGAGUAUCUGUCUUCCAUUUACGAUGAGAUCGCAGGCAAGAAGAUUGCCAUGAAGGAGAGCAAAGAGUUUUCCAUCACUCCAAAGUCCACCAAGCAAAGUGUAGCCAGUGAGAAGCAGCGUCGUCUGCUCUACAAUAUGGAAAUGGAGCAGAUGGCAAAGACGGCUAAAGCGCUGAUGGAGGCAGUCAGCCAUGCUCAGGCCCCCUUCUUCAGUGCUACACAUUUGGAGCAUGUCAGGCCCAUGUUCAAGUUGGCGUGGACUCCCUUGCUGGCAGCCUUCAGUGUGGGACUGCAGGACUGUGACGACCCAGAGGUGGCCUCACUGUGUCUAGAGGGCAUUCGAUGCGCCAUCAGGAUUGCUUGCAUCUUCAGCAUGCAGUUGGAGCGGGAUGCCUACGUCCAGGCCUUGGCCAGAUUCACUCUGCUGACUGCCAGUUCCAGCAUCACAGAGAUGAAGCAGAAGAACAUCGACACUAUAAAGACCCUCAUCACUGUGGCCCACACAGAUGGAAACUACCUGGGCAGCUCCUGGCAUGAGAUCCUGAGAUGUAUCAGUCAACUGGAACUCGCCCAGUUGAUCGGCACUGGGGUUAAGACGCGUUACAUCUCAGGUGUUGUCCGGGACAAGGAUGUGGGCAUCAAGGGCUUACCCUCCGGCACAGAGGAGUUCAUGCCCCUGGGGCUGGGUAAUCUGGUAGGAAGUCAGGACAAAAGACAGAUGGCUCACAUUCAGGAGUCGGUCGGAGAGACCAGCUCUCAGAGUGUGGUAGUAGCUGUGGACAGAAUAUUCACUGGUUCCACCAGAUUAGAUGGAAAUGCAAUUGUGGACUUCGUGAGGUGGCUCUGUGCAGUGUCCAUGGAUGAGCUGGCCUCUGCUCACCAACCGAGGAUGUUCAGUUUACAGAAGAUUGUAGAAAUCUCCUACUACAACAUGAACCGCAUCAGGCUGCAGUGGUCUCGUAUUUGGCAGGUCAUUGGCGACCACUUCAACAAGGUGGGCUGUAACCCCAACGAGGAUGUAGCCAUUUUUGCAGUUGACUCGCUGAGACAGCUGUCCAUGAAGUUCUUGGAGAAGGGAGAGCUUGCCAAUUUCCGCUUCCAGAAAGACUUCCUCAGACCAUUUGAGCACAUCAUGAAGAAGAACAGGUCCCCCACCAUAAGAGACAUGGUGAUCAGGUGUGUGGCUCAGAUGGUCAACUCUCAGGCAGCAAACAUCCGGUCAGGGUGGAAGAACAUCUUCUCAGUGUUUCACCAGGCUGCCUCUGACCAUGAUGAGACCAUUGUGGAGCUGGCCUUCCAGACCACUGGGCACAUUGUCAUGAACACCUUCAAGGAGCACUUUGCAGCUGCUAUCGACUCAUUCCAGGACGCGGUGAAGUGCUUGUCAGAGUUUGUGUGCAACGCAGCGUUUCCUGACACUAGCAUGGAGGCUAUCAGACUCAUACGACACUGUGCUAAAUACGUGUCAGAAAGGCCACAGGCUCUGAGAGAAUACACCAGUGAUGACAUGAACGUGGCCCCUGGUGACCGUGUGUGGGUUCGUGGCUGGUUCCCUAUUCUGUUUGAGCUUUCCUGUAUCAUCAACCGCUGCAAGCUGGAUGUCCGGACUAGAGGUCUCACAGUCAUGUUCGAGAUCAUGAAGAGUUAUGGCCACACCUUCGAGAAGCACUGGUGGCAUGACCUCUUCAGAAUCGUCUUCCGCAUCUUUGACAACAUGAAGCUCCCUGAGCAGCAGACAGAGAAAACAGAGUGGAUGACGACAACAUGUAACCAUGCCCUGUAUGCCAUCUGCGACGUCUUCACACAGUUUUAUGAGCCUCUCAGUGAAAUCCUGCUGGCCGACGUUUUCACACAGCUACAGUGGUGUGUCAGACAAGACAACGAGCAGCUGGCUCGGUCAGGAACCAACUGUCUGGAGAACCUGGUGAUUCUAAACGGGGAGAAGUUCAGCCCCGAGGUGUGGAACAUCACCUGCUCUUGUAUGCUGGAGAUCUUCCAAAACACCAGCCCUCACGCUUUGUUGACUUGGCGACCGGCUGGACAGGAUGAGGAAACGGCUGACGGCAAACAUUUUGAUGCUGAUUUUGACAGUCAGUCUCAGAGCAGCUACGACAGAGCUCUGUCUGAUAGAGGGCACAGCCAGAUGUCCAGCGACGACACCUGGAAGGGCAAGUCCAACGCGCGAGUUUCUGACCAGAAGCUCUUUGCUGGGCUUCUGAUUAAAUGCGUGGUUCAGCUUGAACUAAUCCAGACUAUAGACAACAUUGUCUUCUACCCAGCAACCAGCAAGAAGGAGGAUGCUGAGAACAUGGCUGCCGCACAGCGAGGUGCGCUGGAGGAGUCGGAGUCUGAGGGGAGUGAGGCCGCUCCAGAUCAGGGCAUGUACAGAUACAUGACGUCUGCACACCUCUUCAAGCUCCUAGACUGUCUGCUGGAGUCGCACACCUUCGCAAAGGACUUUAACUCCAACAAUGAACAACGGACAGCACUCUGGAGGGCCGGGUUUAAAGGAAAGUCCAAACCCAACUUGUUGAAGCAGGAAACCAGCAGCCUUGCCUGCAGCCUGCGGAUCUUGUUUAGAAUGUACUCUGACCCUCAGCUGCAGGACUCGUGGCCUGACAUUCAGACACGUCUGCUGCUGGUGUGUAGUGAAGCUUUGGCCUACUUCAUCGGUCUGACCUCAGAGAGCCACAGAGAAGCCUGGAACAGUCUGCUCAUGCUGCUGCUCACCAGGACACUACGGCUGCCCGACAACAAGUUCAAGCCCCAUGCUUCCUGUUACUACCCUCAACUCUGUGAAAUGAUGCAGUUUGACCUGAUCCCUGAGCUGCGGGCCGUUCUCAGGCGUUUCUUCCUGCGCAUUGGUUCCGUCUUCCACAUAUCUGCUCCUGAGGGGACGCCCGCCCGGACUUCUUCAUCCUAGAACGGGUGGAUGGGGGGGCAGAUGGGCCUCACCUGCUUUCUUAUCGAGGGGACCACAAUGUCAGGAGGAAGUUGACGAAGACUGUAGCUUCUCUGUCUCACGUCAAAACUGCAUUAAUAAAGUGUUGAGCUGCUCUACUGCUCCGAGCUCGUAGAAAAGCUGUAGAAAUUCCUCCCAUCUUUCUCUCGGGGUUGAACAACACUGUGAUCAGCGUUGUCUGCUGACUGUUGUCAUUCAUCACCCCCCUCGACUCCAUCUCAAUCUGUAAUGACUCAAAGAACUGUAAACAAAUAAUUUAUUGAUAUUGUUGCAAACCCUGGUUUUGGUUUUGGAUGGUUUGAUUAUCUGUUUGUUUUUAAUACUUCUAAAAAAAUUCUAUAUGUAGACGCUGAAAGCGAAUGAACGAUACCUUUGAAUUUGAACCUUGUUUGCCCAUUGUUACUUUUUUGGCCAACUGUGCCUGUUAGAAAAUGAUGACACACACACGGUGUCUCCUUUGAGUUAGCUCUAAUCAGAAUAUAUUGUUAUUUUUGAAUCCUCAUGUAUCAAUGCCUAUCUAACAGCAUUUUUUGUCACUUUAAUUUUUAAUUAAUCUUUUUGUGCUAUUUGUUACGAGCUCUUGCCAUUGUUGAGGUGAUGUUGGGCUGCAGGUGUUUAACAAUCUGUCUCUUACACUAUCAAAGAUGGCUUCGUUUGAGAUGCUGCCGUCUGUGACACAACCGUCCUGUCGUUGGAAUAAUUUUUGCCUGUUCUUGAGAUUUUACUUAUUUAUUUUGCUCACUUUCUUUCAUUUUUUUCUCCAGAGUAAGUGCUGGUUUACAAUGAGAGGCUGUAUGUGUGUCUGGCACUUUCCUCCGUCAUGCUUUCCUUCAUGUGUCGACCCAGCGUGCUUGAGGAACACUGAACCAUCUUUAGAAUUAGAACUGGCUCAUAAAACCAGCCCCUCGUGCAUCAGCAGUCCCUGUAAUGCGACACCGGCGGUUUUCCCACACUUUUCUUGUUGGCAGUUUGUUCUUGUGAAGACAUUGCCCAGUGUAUGAACUUGCUGUGAAUGUGUGGAAGGAAGUAUCAGUAUUCAACAGUGGAGUUCAGGUAUGGAGCGAAACCAAAACUCGUAUCUAAAAGAGAAUGGGAUCUGUGCAUUCGGAAUCCCUUACAGUAUAUUCCAUGCCUUUGUUUUUUAAAAAGGAGGAUGUAUGUAAUUAUUUGAAGUGCAUUUACAUAUUUUUGAGAAGCAUUCCCUCUCGCAACUAUGGAUGUCUACUUUUCUUCCCUAAAAAACUAGGGAACAUAUAAAUACAUAUAAAUAAAUAAAUAUAUAUAUAAAUAUAUAUAUAUAAAUAAAUGAAAAAUGCUGACUGUAAAGUUUUCAAUGUAAGAUAUAUAGAAAAGAAACUGCCAUUCUUUUCUAUACAUAAUAUUGUGAUGUAAACUUAAAAGGUUUUGGUGAGGUAGUCAAUAAACAAGGAUUCUGACCCACUCCAGGAA